AUGGCGGAAUCUGAUCUCGCCCCAAAAUUCGCCCCCUUCUUUGGAAUGCUUCAAGGUAUCGGGGCCGCAUAUGGUACAGCAAAGUCUGGAAUUGGAAUUGCAGGUGUUGGUACCUUUAGACCCGACUUGAUUAUGAAAUCACUCAUUCCUGUCGUUAUGUCCGGUAUCAUUGCCGUCUACUCUCUCGUCAUCGCCGUUCUGAUAGCAGGAGAUAUUGGACCUCCUCCUGGCCAAAGUUACAGCUUAUUCAACGGAUUCAUGCAUCUGGCGUGCGGUUUGUCAGUCGGGUUGACGGGCCUGGCCGCUGGAUAUGCAAUUGGGAUAGUUGGUGACAUGGGCGUUCGAUCAUACAUGCAACAAUCACGAAUCUUCGUUGGGAUGGUCUUGAUAUUGAUUUUCGGCGAAGUUUUGGGACUAUACGGUUUGAUUGUCGCUCUUAUCCUCAAUACCAAGAGCAGAGCUUAA